AUGAUUUUUACAUCAGGCUAUUGGGUAAUACUUAAAAGCUUAAGUGAUUCAUCAAAGAUUGAUGAGGAUUUUUUAAAUGAGUGGAAAUUACAUUUACAAUGUCAGCAUAAUGCAUGGUCAAAUUUUACUUCCCUUAUUCCGCUAUUUGGAAUAACACAAAAUCCAGUUACGAAAAAUUAUAUGGUUGUAAUGAUGUAUGCAUUCAAUGGUAGUUUAAGAAAUAAUUUAUCAAUAUUAAAAUAUAAUCCCAAUGAUAAAUUUCGAAAUUUAUGGGAUAUUUCAAGGCAGCUUAAUGCCAUUCAUAGUUUAAAUUUAGUUCAUGGAGAUUUUCAUGAUGGGAAUUUACUUUAUUUAACUGAAAAUAUAUUGUUGGUUAGUGAUUUUGGGUUAUGUAGAUUAGUUAGUCAACCUAAUAAAAAUGAUGAAAUAUGUGGAGUUAUUCCUUACAUAGCACCAGAAGUAUUACGUGGUAAGCCAUACACAAAAGCAGCUGAUAUAUAUAGCUUUGGAAUUAUUAUGUGGGAAAUGACAUCAGGAAUCCCAGCAUAUUGUGAUGUUCCUCAUGAUUUAAAUAUUUGUUUAAAUAUUUGCAGAGGUGAUAGACCAGAAAUUAUAAAAGGAACAAUGCCUGAAUAUGUUGAAUUAAUGGAAAGAUGUUGGGAUAAUGAACCUGAAAAAAGACCAACUGCCAAAGAAUUAGCAAAUACUUUUGAUGAAUGGAAUAAAAAAUAUCCAAUGGAAGAAGAUGAAGAAAAGAGAAUACCUGUUCCUGACAAUGAACCAGAAAUUAAAUGUCAUCCGAAAUCUUGUAGUACAAGUAGAAUAUUUGUUAGUUCAGUUAAAUUGAAUGAGAUUUUGAGUGGUAAGACUGAUAUUUUAGAUGAAGAUCUAGAUAACUGCAUGGUUACUGUUAUUGAGCAUCAACUAUAACUUGUUUAUUAUAAAGGGAAUUAUAAAAAAUAGUUCAAUUUCACGUAAUUUUAUUUCAGUUUGACUUGAUUAGUUUUUGCCGAAAACUGUGGUUUUAAAACAAAAAUUAACUAAUAUAAUCAAUCAUAAAAUAUUCACAUUGACUUAUUUACAAGCCA